AUGGCAUAUUUAUCACAGGAUAUAGUAUUUGGAGACUUCGGUAAUCUGGAACAGGAAGAUGAAGUCUACCAAAUAUUAUAUGGUUCUCGACAGACAGAAGGUGGUAGAGUAGAGGAUAUAUCAUUUGGAGACUUCGGUAGUCUGGAACAGGAAGAUGAAGUCUACCACCAAAUAUUACAUGGUUCUCGACAGACAGAAGGUGGUAGAGUAGAGGAGAUAUCAUUUGGAGACUUCGGUAGUCUGGAACAGGAAGAUGAAGUCUACCAAAUAUUACAUGGUUCUCGACAGACAGAAGGUGGUAGAGUAGAGGUUGCACCACUGUUAUUACCACAUUCCCCUCAACCAGCCAUGCCUUCAAGUUAUGGCACUCCACAACCUCAGUAUCAGGUUGUUGGACCUCCACCAGUAGCUGGAUAUGGACCCCCUCCUGUGACCUCAUAUGGAGCACCACAGCCCCCUCAAACUGUCAUGCCUUCAAAUUAUGGCCCUCCACAACCUCAGUAUCAGAGUUCUACACCUGCCUAUAGAUCUGCUCCUGGGUACAACAAUCCUCAUCAAAGUGUAUAUGGUCGCCCAAAGCCACAAGGAGGAUUAAAUCCACCUCCACAGAAACCAACACCUGGUUAUUACCAAGGUUAUCCACAGUCAGUACAAUCCUAUGGAGCCUCUGCCCCAUCCCCUUCCGGAGGAUCAUACUGUGCCCCACCUCCACAUCAGCAGAGUGGGUAUGGUUCACCCUCACCACAACCUGGUAGCUAUGGUCUGCCAACGUCACAACCUGGUAGCUAUGGUCCGCCAACAUUACAACCUGGUAGCUAUGGUCAGCCAACAUCACAACCAGGUGGCUAUGGUCAACCAACUGGUCAGCCACAGAGUUAUGGACAACAACAGCAUCCUCCCUCGCAUCAGUAUAGUUCUCAGCAGCCACAUAGACCCUCACAGCCAGCUGGAACAGCAAAUGCAUUUGAUCAUUUGGUAAGGGAAAUAAUCCUCAUCUCAGCUAGACAUUUAUUCAUGAGGUAA